AUGCCUUUCGGAGUAAAGUCAGCUCCAGAAGAAUUUCAACGGCGAGUACACGAAGAGCUGGAAGGACUAAAAGGAAUUUUUACGAUUGCAGAUGAUGUCGUAGUUUACGGCAGUGGAGACACAGAUGAACAAGCUUUAGAGGACCAUAACAAGAAUCUGCAUGCAUUGCUUGAGCGAGCUAGACAAAGAAAUAUAAAGUUCAACAUGAAUAAAUGUAAAAUCGGACUGAAGGAAGUUAAGUACAUGGGACAUGUUUUGAGCAGUGAUGGCUUGAAAGCAGAUCCUGACAAGAUAUCAGCAGUCUCAAAUAUGAAAGAGCCUCAGAACAAGGAGGAAGCUCAAAGGUUCUUGGGAUUUAUCAAUUAUUUAAGUAAAUUUCUGCCAGGACUGUCAGAAGUAGCAGUUCCAAUAAGAACUCUAAUUAAAGAAGAUGUUAAGUGGACGUGGCAGGAAUUACAUUCAUUGGCUUUCAAGAAAUUAGUUAACAUGGUGACCAACUCUCCAACCCUACAGUAUUACAAUAAGGACUCUCCUGUGACGUUGCAAUGUGAUGCAAGUCAGUUUGGUUUGGGUGCUUCGCUAUUGCAAAAUGGUAAGCCAGUUUCAUAUAUAUCAAGGACUUUAAAUCCAACAGAAUGCCACUAUGCUCAGAUCGAGAAAGAAUGCCUGGCAGUUCUAUUUGCCUUUGAAAGGUUUGAACAGUAUUUGUUCGGUAAGUGUGAUAUUACGGUAGAAACCGAUCACAAACCUCUUGAGACUAUUUUCAAAAAACCUUUGGUCAACGCACCUAAGCGGUUGCAAAGAAUGUUGCUGCGAUUGCAGAAGUUUACAUUUACUGUUGUUUAUCGACCAGGUAAAACAAUGCUUUUAGCAGAUUUUUUGUCACGCGCCCCAGAAACUAAGUAUGAAUGCAGUAUGCAGGACAAUUCAGUAAUGAUUUUUGAAACCUCAAUGAACAGCUCGACAAAGGAGUUUGAACAGUGUAAGUCCUUAGAGUACAUAAAUGUUACGGAUGAGCGUUUAAACCAACUGAAAGAACACACAUACAAAGACCCCGUGCUUCAGAAGCUUAUACCGGUGAUUAUAAAUGGUUGGCCUAAUAGAAAGACUCAAGUUCCCAAGGAGCUAUGGAAUUACUGGCCUUUUAAGGAAGAGCUUGGAGUUGAAGACGGACUUGUCCUCAAAGGAGAGCGGAUUGUUAUCCCAAGUAGCAUGACAAUUGAACUAGUCCAUAGAAUUCAUUUUUCACAUCAAGGGGUUGAAUCAUGUAUAAGGAGAGCAAAAGAUGUAUUUUUUUGGCCGGGAAUGGCAGGAGAUAUAAGAAAAGAAGUUGAAAAAUGUUUAGUAUGCAAGAAAUAUGCACCGACUCAACGGAAAGAACACCUCUUACUUCAAGAAACACCAUCACGACCAUGGCAGCGAAUGUGGGUUGAUUUUGCUCAAGAAGGCUCAACUCACUUCAUUAUUGUGACUGAUUACUAUUCGUCAUUUUUUGAGAUUAGGAAAACACAAAAAUGUACCUCUGAAUCAUUGAUUGUUUUCUGUAAAGAGUUAUUUGCAAGAUACGGCAUUCCAGACAUUGUAGUUGGUGAUAGUGGCACCCCUAUAUUAAGUCAAGCAUUUAAAGAUUUUUCAGAAGAGUGGAAAUUUAAGAUAAUUACUUCCUCUCCAUAUCACCACCAGGCAAAUGGAAAAGUUGAAUCUGCUGUAAAGAUAUUUAAGAGUAUUUUAAAAAAAGUGAGAGAAGACAAAGGCGACGUUCAGCAGGCUCUUCUUGAGUUGAGAAAUACACCACUCAAAGAAAUUGGUAAGAGUCCAGCUCAGUUGUUAAUGUCUAGAAGAACUAAAAGCUUUGUACCCACUUGUGAAGAUCUGCUGCGUCCUAAUGUUCCUGUGAAAGUAAUUGAAAAGUGGGAUAAAAAGAAAGAUGCAUACAAAACAUAUUUUGACAAAGGAGCUAAAGACCUCGCCCCACUGAUACCAGGACAAGUUGUUUGGGUUCAAAGGAAACCUCAAGAGAGAAGGGAUCCCUGGGUAGAAGCCACAGAGUCUGGCUGGUCCGUGGCGGCCUGGCUACGUCAUCACAGUAGCCACGUGACCUCGCCUUCACCCUCCACUCCCUGCAUCCGUACCCUGCAACAUGACGUCACCAUGAGAUAUAAGAAACUACGUCAUCACAGUAGCCACGUGACACCGCCUUCACCCUCCACUCCCUGCAUCCGUACCCUGCAACAUGACGUCACCAUGAGAUAUAAGAAACUACGUCAUCACAGUAGCCACGUGACACCGCCUUCACCCUCCACUCCCUGCAACCGUACCCUGCAACAUGACGUCACCAUGAGAUAUAAGAAACUACGUCAUCACAGUAGCCACGUGACACCGCCUUCACCCUCCACUCCCUGCAUCCGUACCCUGCAACAUGACGUCACCGUCAGAUACAAGACUUAG